UUUGCCGAAAAAUGGUUGAUAUUUUUUCGCAAAUAAGCUAAAAUUUAGCUUAAACUAUCGGUAACGUUGGCCGGAUCGAAGAACAACGACGCAGACACCAUGGAGGUCGAUGAGGAAGAGUUCGAGGUCCCCUCCAGCAGCAGCAAAGGCGAGAAGAAGCGCUUCGAAGUGAAGAAGUGGAACGCCGUAGCUCUAUGGGCAUGGGACAUCGUGGUGGAUAAUUGCGCCAUUUGCCGCAACCACAUCAUGGACUUGUGCAUCGAGUGCCAGGCUAACCAGGCCUCGGCCACCAGCGAGGAGUGCACAGUGGCCUGGGGCGUCUGCAACCAUGCCUUCCACUUCCACUGCAUCUCCCGUUGGCUGAAGACGCGUCAGGUCUGUCCGUUGGACAAUCGCGAAUGGGACUUCCAGAAGUACGGCCACUAAUCCCGCUCAUACACCAAUCCCGUAAUCAACUCAACGGAGCAGGAGCCUUCUCACCCGGAAAUAACUAUAGUAUACCCACUUAGUUCUUAAGCGAUCCAUUUCACAGGCCUCACAGAGCUCACCCGUAAUGUCGCGGGCGGUUCUCUUGGACCUUCUUCCCCACUACCUUUCCCCCAUAAGAAACAGAUUUUUUGUACGCUUACUUAAUAAAUGAGAAGAAGAUGCUGAAGACA